CCCUCCAGCACGUAGUCUAAGGUACAGUCAGUGCACCUAUCCCUCGCUCCCUCCCAUCUCUCUCUCGUGCUCUCUUUUUCUCGAUCCAUCUGUACCCUCCCUCCAUCCUCUUCAAAUGCAUCACAGCCUCCUGCCGAGCCCUCGGCCACUGAAACACUCCGAGCCACGGUCAUGUGACAUCAGCCUCCAACCACUCUCCAAGGAGCACCAGCAAAAAGAGGGGAGUGUCUCUUUUCCCCCUCUCCUCCCUCCUUUGUCUCCCUCCCUCUCACUGAGUCAGACAGCAGGGUUGUGUGUCUGAAGCAAAGGCUCCAUGGAGGGGAGAUAUCGUCUCUACCAGCGAUACAUUGCCUGAGAGAGACAGAAGAAAAAAGGAUUCCCUUCUUUCUCUCCCUCGUUGAGGAACAGAGGAUGAAUGGAGAAGCGAUGGACAUGUCCCUGGAGUCAUCAUCCCCGGUGGUGGAGCAAGGCACCGUCGGGGGGGUGUCAGCGGCACCAGAACCGGCAUCCACAGCAGCAGCCGGUAACGGCUCCCUGCCUCCUCCGCCCACCAUGGCCCCAGCCAUCCCGCCCUACGUCAAGCUUGGCCUCACCGUGGCCUACACCGUCUUCUACUCUCUCCUCUUUGCCUUCAUCUAUGCCCAGCUGUGGCUGGUGCUCCGAUACCGCCACAAGCGCUUCAGCUACCAGACGGCAUUCCUCUUCCUGUGUCUGCUGUGGGCCGCGCUGCGCGCCCUCCUCUUCUCCUUCUACUUCCGCGACUGCGUCACGGCCAACGCGCUGGGUCCCUUCACCUUCUGGCUGCUCUACUGCUUCCCCGUCUGCCUGCAGUUCUUCACGCUAAGCCUCAUGAACCUCUACUGCGCCCAGGUUUACUUCAAGGCAAAGUCCAAGUAUACCCCAGAGCUCCUUAAAUACAAGCUCCCCCUCUAUCUGGUCUUCUUGGCGGUCAGUUUUCUCUUCCUGGUGGUCAACCUGGCCUGUGCCCUGCUGGUUAAGAUGACCGCCACCGAGGUUAAGACCAUUGUCCUGGUCAGAGUCACCAUCAACGAUACGCUCUUCGUGCUCUGUGCCAUCUCGCUGUCCGUCUGCCUUUACAAAGUGGCUAAGAUGUCCCUGGCCAGCAUAUACCUCGAGUCCAAGGGAACGUCGGUGUGUCAGGUGACAUUGAUUGGCGUCCUGGUGGUUCUGCUGUACGCAUCACGGGCCUGCUACAACCUGGUGGUGCUGGCUCUGACCGACAUUGAGACCAUCAACUCAUUCGACUACGACUGGUACAACGUGUCUGACCAGGCUGACUUGAGGUCCACUCUGGGGGACGCUGGUUACAUCGUGUUCGGGGUGAUCCUCUUUGUCUGGGAACUGCUGCCAACCUCCCUGGUGGUUUUCUUCUUCAGGGUCCGCAGGCUGCCACAGGACAGGAGUGGAUCAGGGAUCCCAAACCACGUGCUCUCUUCCAGAGGUUACUUCUUUGACAACCCCCGUCGGUACGAUAGCGACGAUGACCUGGCGUGGAGCAUCCCUCCUCAGAACAACUCAGCAAGCCUAGUUACAGACUGCUACGACUGGGGCAGCCGCAACAGCAGUUUCACUGUACAAACGGGGACAGACGAACAACGGUUGGCACCGGUGACGGGAGAGCUCCAUCCAUACUGAGACUUAACAAGUCCAGGGUAGGGGGUCAAUUCCAUUUCAAUUCAUUCAAAUUCAGAAUUUUCCAAAUUGAAAAGCAAAAAAAAAAAUGGUAUUGACCCUAACUCUGAACCAGUCCACACUGCACUGUACAGCACCGCAAUGCACUUUGUAAACUUUGACACUUCUUGACAGAAUCUGUAUUUUGUCCAUCAUCAGCCACCAUAUUGCAUUAGUCACUUAGUGAUAAUGUAGACCAGUGGUUCCAAAACUAUUUCACUCGGGGCCCCCCUUCCAUCAUUGGGGAACAUCCCGUUAGCCGACAUGGGCUAGUUGAUCUGGACAUUUGUGACAAGUUAUAAAAUAGCGCUAAGGUAUUCAAUGACUGACAUGACAAGAGGAAAACUGAUGAUACACUACUCAAAAUUGUGCCUUGUGCAUUCUACUAUAACAACUUUCAAAAGUAAGUUGAAAGUCAGACUGAGUUCCUUAAAAACAAAAAAAACUUUUUUUAAUUUUUUUUUUUUAAACUCUGCAUCCCCCUAUCGACCACCCCACAGUUUGGGAACCAGCUAGACAUUGUAGAAAGUCAUCUAGAAAACCUGUGAAAUAAACCCAUAUUAUAAGCUAGCACUAAGUCAUGCACAAACAUAUACAUCAAGGUAGUUGACCUUAGACACUAUCAAUAUACUAAAGCCUGUAUAGAACGAUGACACAAAUUUAAAAAAUCAUGUCAUAUCUAUAUCCACAGUAAAUAUGACUAUGAACAUACAUUAAUUUAUUGUCGGUGUGAUGGUGAAAAAGAUGGAUUCUAUAUUUCUAACAGGAUGUUUUUAAUGUAAUGGAGAAAGUUUCACUGACCAGAUGCUCUAUUUAUUUGUCUGCUUUUCUGUCUGUGGAUGUAUCGUGAUCGGUAUUGACACAUAACCAUGAAUAAAAGGACAUUUUGGGUGUGACACUCAAUGUGAGGAUAUCCUACUGUUCUUGAUUUAGUCACUAGAUGAAACGGAAUUGUACCCCAACAUUGUCUACAAUUUACUUUAUGAUCGGAAAGGUCAGAACAAGUCCCAAUAACAGAACCCUUUUCAUGGUUUAUUGGUAAAAAUGACUUACAAAUAUUAAAUUAAGCAUAUGUAGAGCAGGUGUAUUCAAAUUUUACCUUACGAGGUCCAGAGCCUGCUGGUUUUCUAUUCUACCUGAAUUAAUUGCACCCACUUAGUGUCCCAGGUCUAACUCAGUCCCUGAUUAAGGGGGAACAAUGAAUUGAGUUGAGUUUGAGGGGUAUAUAGUAUACCUUUCUGUUACGGUGAGGUCAAAUAGUAUUGUUCUGAAAGUGUUUAUACAUAAUGGAUCAUGGUACAAAUCUGAAAAAGAUGCAUAAAAAGUUUUGAAUGACAACCAGAAAUAUUUAUUCCUCUGUUCAAAUAAAUAUAAUCAAACAAGAAUACACAUCAAUACAGGUGCAACUAAUUAUAUAAUCAUACAGCUUUGAAAAAAGUUCUGUCAUUUUCCUUUUACAAAUAGUACAGCUUUCUGGGUAUUCUGAAUAUGUUAAAGGCGGAGAAAGCAGAAGAGCGUGGAGAUCAUUGGAGACAAAAUGGUGAAUUUCAUCCAAGAAAGCAGGCUCAAGCUUUUU